AUCACAAAAGAGCGGUAUAAAAUAUAUUACACAUUGUUUGCCGAACAUACUUUUAAAACACCUACAAUCAACGGAAAUUUCGGUGAAGAAGAGCAUCCCAAGCAAGCGGAGCGCCAUGGACGCCACAUCCUUAGCGGAUCCCGCUCUGGUGGCCAUGAACAAGCUAAACAAGGUUUCGAAAUGCCGAGCAUGUCUGUCGGUGGACCGAAAAACUGUGCAGCUGAGCGCCGAGAUCCCCAAUCUUAAGAAAGCGCGCACCUACGCGCAGAGCCUGAAGCUGUGCACCAACAUGGACUUGCGAGUCAUCAGUCCCGGUGGAUAUCUUUGGCCCAUGCAAAUAUGCGUCCGGUGCUGUCGUGCUUUGGAGGUGGCCAUGCAUUUCGUAGAGAUGGCUUUGGAAUCGAAUCUCAAGCUUUAUGCGGAGGCCAAGAGUGUGAAGCUGCCCAGUCCAACAGGAGAACUUAAACGAAAGGCCAGCAGCGAGUCGCUUCACUGGAAUCAGUUCAGCCAGGAGUUCGAGCAGUUCGUCGAGGGAUACGAGGGUGCGACGACUGGUCCCAUCGAAGAGAAUGUCCUCUACAUGCGAGGAGCCAAGGUUCCGCGACUGGAUGCCGACGCUUCGAGCAGCAAAAAAGCGCCCAAAGAAGAUGAAGUUAUACUUUUCGAUGUGAAAUACGACACCAACGAUCUGGAGGAGGAGGACGAGAACGAUGGUUCGGAUGCCAAGAACAAUGAGACCUUUUUCGAGAGCAGUAUUACAUCUGGAGACACGGCCAUUGUCACCUCAGUAGAGGUCAAUAAUGGAGAGAAUAAUAACAAUUAUAAUUUUAAUAACAAGAACGGCGAUAUGUCGGAUGCGGAGUGCGAUCUUAUACAACGCGCUCUGGAUAUGACAUUAAACGACGAUGGCAGCAGCCAGAGUCCAAAGAAGUCCAACAAUGAAAAGCAACUAAAAUCCAAUGGGGUAGAGGACCCCUUUUCACUUUUACACCAAGAGGCCUCCACCAGCGGUACAAUGGCCAACAUACCUAUUCUUAAAUGCAAUAUUUGUCAAUAUACGCAUACCGAUGCGGAGCAACUAAGAAUUCAUUACAAAAGUAUUCACAAAAUAUCGAUGGCUGAAGAUGAUAUAAUUGGCUUGAACAAAAAUCAAAACUUCAAAUGCCGACCUUGCAAUAGUUAUGAGACGAAAGACAGAAAUGAAAUGCAGAAGCAUCUUAUCAAUCACCAUAAAAUAGAUGGUGACUUUGAAAUGUACUGCUAUAUGCAGGCAAACUGUCCUGCUUGUGACAGAAUUUUUAAGGAUCAGCGUUCGGCCAGAAAACAUUACACCAGAGUACACACACCAGUGCAGGUUGUGGUGUCAGCGGUGGAGACUUUUGCAUGCAAGAUGUGUGACAAGGUGUUUAACCAGAAGGCCAGCUUGCAUAGCCACCAGCGUUUCUGUCAGGUAAAAGAAGUCGUGCACUGCAGCUUUUGCGAUCAAGAAUUCAACAGCAUGCGCAAGUACGAGCUCCAUCUACAGCAAUUGCAUGCCGUGGAAACGCUACACGAGUGUGAGAUCUGUCGCAAGAGCUUUAAGAGCGCUGACACCCUGACCAUGCAUCGUAAACGUCACUCGGAGCGCCAUUUUCAAUGUGACAAGUGCUCCCUGAAUUAUGUUAACUCCGCGGAGUUACGGGUGCACUACGAAAGGGCCCACAUAACCGAGGAGCAGGUCACCUGCCUCACCUGUGGUAGCCAAUUUCAAAACAUGGCUCUGAUGCGAGAACACGAGCAGAGAAGUCAUCAGAAAACAAAGCUUUGGCGCUGUGAUGUCUGCAACUUUGAGACAAAGACCAGGUGGCGAAGGCGCCAGCAUCAGUACGAGCACAUAGGGUACCCGUACAAGUGUCAGAACUGCACUACCGAAUUUUCAGAUCGCAGCAAAUUCCGUCAACAUUCCAAAAAGGUACAUGGCAUCGAGUUGAGCGACGAGCAACUUGCUGAGAUGUUCCGUGAAAAGAAAGGCUACACCAAUCGGCACGACGCGUUCAACAAGUCAAACAAUUCACUGGAGAUUCCCGACUUCACGGAGGACUGCUUUACCGAACUCAAAAGCCUGGGUGUUGAUUAUGACGACAUAACCACAGAUCUCUUCUCCAGUUCAACGGCCCUGGACAACCUACUGAACCUGAUACCCUAAAAACUUAUCGCCGAUUCAUUUACCUGAAUAGAAUUUACAAAUCAAACGGCACGAAUAAUAGCUGACGAGAGCUAGAAGACUGUCUGCACUUUACAAUUCAAUCUAACCGACAAAGCAUUUUACACAGCCCCUCUCCUUUUAGUUUGAUAAACUUUUUUGUUUUGAGAAUUCAGACCACAACGUACAUUUUACAUGUAUCUACAGUGAAACCAUGAUAUUUUUGAAGUCACAAUCUCAAUAAACAGGAAGGAAACACGCGUUUCUGAAGCGCACAGAA